AGCAGAGCUCCCAGAGAGCUCAACAAGGAGCAAGUGGAGGUGGAUAGAAACCAGUAGAGUCAGACACAACAUCUGAGAAGAGAACACAGGAGAACAGGAGAACCCAGUAGAACCUGGUGAAUAGAACAUCAGACAGAGCAGAGGAGGAAGACGAUCAGACCAAGAGAGUAAAGAACAGCAGAGAGCAGGGUAGAGCUGAUCUGAGAACAGCAGAACCCGCGACAGGAACAUCAGGCCUGACUGAAUCAUAAUAGAACCCAGUAGAACCCUGAGGAGAAACAUCAGAGACAAACUCACUGUGGAGUUUAAACAACCAGCACAACAGCUGCUGACCUGGACUUUCUGACACACACACACACAAACACACACACACACCAACGUGCACACAAACACACACUGUAUGGAGAUGUCACAGCCGUGAGGAGGAGUUGUGGAUUAUAUUUUUAUUCUGCCGAAGACGAAGAAAAAGGUUUCUCCCUCCCUGUCCCCCCUCCCCCAGCUCCAUCAUGCCCAUCCUCAAGAACCUCCCAGUGCGCCUGAAAGGCGGUGGUCCAACUCUAGACAACGCUUUAAUCCUCCGCAGGAUGAGCCUCAACAUCACCCCCCACCAUCACCAUCACAACCCCUUUGACGACGACGACAGCAUCCAUGACAGCAGCGGCCAUGGCAACCACUGGUCACCUGGCAGCUCUCUCCUGGACGGCGAUGUGCCGAGGGACCGCAACCCAUUUGAGGAUGAGGAGGACGAGAAUGAGGCUAACGAGGGGAAAAAGGGAAGUGGAGGAGGAGGAGGUUCAGCAAAGAGUUCCUUCAAGUUUAAGUCGCCACUGAAGACUCUUGGAAAGUUGGGGAAGACCCUGAGAGUGUCAGUGAGGAAUAAAGGAAGUGCAACCCCCUCCCCACAGGGGUCGCUGCAGGGAACCCCAUCACCUGCAGAGAAAAAGAAGAGGGGGAGGAGGAGCUCUGAAGGAAGUCUGCUCAGGUUUGCAGGGAAAUAUCGUGACACCCUGAGCUCCUAUAAGGAGUCUUUCACCAAUGGCGAGCUGAACUGUUCGGAGAGCGAGUGUGACUCCACCAGCCGCCGCCUGUCCUUCAUGAAGAUGGUGGGUCUUGGCAAGCUGAAGAGGGAGUCCAUGGCUGACCACUCAUCUCAGGGCCCCGAGGAGCAGCUGGUGCAGGAGGAGGUCGUGGAGGAGGUCAAACCCAGAGAGCCACUAUCAGUCCUGGAGAUCCUGCAGCUGGUGAGGAAGCGGGACCUGUUCCUGGCUGACUCUCACAUCCUGGAGCUGGAGCAGGAGUGUAAUGAGUCUGCCGCUGCUGAGCGGGGCGGCACAACACAGCCGGAGGACAGCACCAGCCCGAGUGUCAAAGACGGCGGGCGGAGGAAGGCGAAGGACGUGGAGCUGCUGUACGAGGAGCUGCAGAAGGAGCUGUGGGCCGUGGUCCGGGAGUCUCUGAGGUCCCCCACAGCUGGGCCGAACCUGGGCCUGGUGGUUCAGGUGCUGCAACAGGAGGAGCAGGCUGAUAAAGACUGGGCCGUCCACAAGGGAGCAGCCCCAGGGGGCCCGAGGCCUCGUCAGCUGAUACAGAGGUGGAGGGAGGCGGUGGAGGAGGCAGCUGAGGGCUCGCUGCCUGAGAGAGCAGAGUUCACAGCUGGGGAGCUGGAUGGAUACCUGGGGCGGCUCCGAGCCCGUGUGGUGGAGGACUUGGGGGCCGCCAACAGAAAUGUGGUCUCCAUUUACCCCGAAGAGUUCCAGGCCUUUCAGGUGUACGUGCAGAGUUACCACCAGGCGGUUGCCAGGCAACUGGAAGCCAUCACUGACAACCAGCUGGAGAUCACUGACAUCUACUCUCUCCUGGACUGGCUGCACAACAUCUACGACAGAGAUGUUCUGGGGACUGUGUGUAUCACAAGCCCGUUCAGCCGCUCUCAGCUUAGUCCUCUGCUGCCAUCAGAGACUGUGGACAGACUGGAGCUGGACUGUCUCAACUCUGUCAGGGCUAAAGUGACCACAGAGCUGAGUCAGGUCCUGGAUGAGGAGGAGAAGAGGUGGAUGGAGACUCUGCACAUCGAGGAGUAUCAGAUCACUCUGGCCAAAACCGUCAUACAGAGGCUGCAGGUGGAUCUGGAGCGGUCUGCCUCCAUCAACAUGAGUCUGGGCUCCAGAGUGGCUCAGUGCAGCCUCAACGGCCUGGCUGACUUCCUCUACAGUUUCCAGCGUAAAGUGGAGAUGUUCCAUGAGAAGGUGCAGAAUGGCCUGUUUGGAGACAGCGAGGACGGAUACGUGUCCAAGACAAUCGCCCUGGUCAACUGCUGCCCCCCCUUCAGAGGCUUCGUGCAGCGCUGUGCUCAGUGUGACCCAUCAGUCACUGAGGACUCUUUACGUCGAGCCAACAGAGCUCUGGAUCACAUCGUACAGCAGGGAGUCAGAGUCCUGUCUGAACGGCUGUACCUGCACAUUAGGCCGUUCUUUGAGCGGCUGGUGAAGAGGAAGUGGCUCAGCAACACAGAGCCGUACGAGCAGAUUGAAGCUCUGAUCAAAGAUCACUUCAAGAAGUAUCACAGGAUGGACAGUCCUCCAUACCAGCUGCUGGUAGCGGAGGUCCACCGGCGGGUGGUGAUGGAGUACCUUCGCUCGGUCAUGCGAGGCAGAAUCAUCUGCACCUCGAUGAAGAUGAGGAAGAGGAUGGCUGGUCGGCUCAGAGACGAAGGCAAACAGAUCAAAGUCCUCUUCAAAGACCUGGAGUCCCCGUCCAGCUGGUUGGACAGCGCUCUGUCUCACAUCUCAGAGAUGAUCCAGCUGGAGGACGUCCCCUCCAUCCAGAUGGAGGUGGGAGUUCUGGUCAGAGAGUUUCCAGAUGUCAGGAAGAAGCACGUGUCAGCCAUAUUGAACAUUCGGGGACUGACUCGGCAGGCGGAGCGUCAGGAGAUCCUCAACAUCGUCAAAGACAUCGAGAGCAGUGAUGGCAGCGGCUCGGCCCGGCUGUCCCGGGACCGCGCCCUCUUCUCCGAGGUGCCGGUCACCUCCGAGGUCCACUGCCUGAACGUGGGCCUGAGCCGCAUCGCGCUCACCGCCUCGUCCUGCUUCACCACGCUGCGACCGCGCCGCCGCAAAACCCGAACACCUGUCCAGGAAAACUCUGACGAUGUUCUCUGAAGAGCCGAUUUCCAAGGUUUUAGAUUUUUCAAAAAGCCCCUGACUGAGUUGCAAUAGCAUGAUGGCGGUUUCUAUUUUUAAUUCAACUCCAGUCCUGAUUAUUAUCCACUAAACUAGCACUGACUGGAUUCUUCCAUUAGGCUGCCGCUUUAACAGAAUCCACCAAAAACACCUUUGUUUUUUUGUCUAUUGUCAUGCUAUAGAGAAAACAGAAGGAAUGGUGUGAAACUGAUUAUGAUGAUGAUGAUGACAAUGAGGCUGAUUAAAGAACAUAACAGAGAGAACUGAGGACAAAACUGGACUGAAAAAUCAGCUCCUGUCAAGAAAAGAAUCAGCUCUCGAACAAUUUCUCUUUAAUGAAAAACUGAUUUGAAAUCAGAAAAUUCUGGUAGAUAGAAAAAUUAAUCCAUAAAUCUGGGGUUUCUUCUGUUGAAAUUAUAAAGGACGGAAAAUCAUUUAUUGGGAUUUAAACUUCACAUGUGAUUUUUACCUGUGGAGAAAACAGGGUUGAGGCCUGGUCACAUCAGAAAACUGUCACAGCAAAAUUCAUUAGUGUGUCUUUAUUGCCUUCACAGGUGAUGCUGAAAGCUUGGCCAGAGACAGGAACUAAUGUUAUUUUGCAACAUACCAACUGGAGUUAACGUUAUGCGGUGAUGUAGUGACUGGAGCUAACGUUAUGCAGUGAUGUAGUGACUGGAGCUAAUGUCAUGUGGUGACAGUGAUUAGGGCUAAUGUUAUUUGGUGACUUGGUGACUUCUGCUAACAUUAUUUGGUGACUUACCAACUGGAGCUAACAUCAUGUGGCAACUUAAAGACUGGGACUAAGAACUUGGUGAUAAAGUUACUUGGGCUAAUGUUAUUUGGUGACUUAGUGACUGGAGGUAAUGUUAUUUAAUGACUGGGGCAACCAUUAUGUGGUGAUGUAUUAAUUAAGGCUAACAUUAUGUGGUUAUGAAGCAACUGGAGCUAACGUUAUGUGGUGAUGUAACAACUGGAGCUAACGUUAUAUGGUGACAUAGUGAUUAAGGCUAAUGAUAUUUGGCACCUUAGCGACUGGAGCUAAAAUUAUUUUUUGACAUAGUGAUUGGGGCUAACAUUAAUUGACAUCAUAGUAAUUAGGGCUAAUGUUAUUUGGCGACAUAGUCACUGGCUCUAACAUUUUAACAGUGAGUGGGGCUAACGUUAUUUGGUUCAGUUUUGUGUAUUAAAGUUGCUCACUCAAAUGCAUUAAUACAACAAACAAAUAGCUUGAACGCUAACUGUUGCUUAAAAGAGUUAGCUUCUCCAACAGGCUAACAUUACCUGUACUUAAUGGAACAUUAACCAGGUUGUAUUUUUUAAGUCAUUUAGCAGAGUAUUUUUUCAUAGCUACCACACUACAAGAAAGAGUAUCAAGCGAUUUUUUUUGGGAUAAAUGAUGAUAAAAUAUGACAUUGACACAACUUAAAAGUAGUCUGUGUAAUGUUUCUUCUAACGUUUUUAGUUCUCAAAUUUGGUUUAAUAAAUUUAAUUUAAUUUAACUGACUUAGCUCUGAAACUUGUGUUGCUAUAGAAACUGCUGUGACUAGGCUUCAAUGAUGUAAAGUCACUGUAAUGUGAUUUCACAUUUUUGAGACAUUACAUGUGGGUUUAAGUUUUUUUUUAGUUGAUUUUCUGACAUUUAACAGGAUUACAUUUCAUGUUCGUACUAAAUCACAUGCUCCAGAUUUGAUUUUUUUUAACAUAAGGGACCUGUUCAGCUGCAUUGCUGUUUGACCUCAGAACAAACUGCAGGAUUUCUGGACUUUGAGCUCGAAGGCACUUUAUUGAGGAUCAGUAAAAGGAAAGCAGUUCUCUGUGCUGAGGUGGACUCUAGACUGAAGUGCAUUCUGGGAAAAAGACCAGAACAAGAGGACUGAGAACCAGCAGCUGGAUUUAAGAUGAAUUUCAGGAUUUGUUUUGGGGAUCUUGACAGUUCAGGGUUUCAGAGAUGAGUUUCUAAUCCCAGGACCUGGAGAUGCUUUGUGACAAAACUGGACAGUUGUAGUUUUAUUGUUGCACACAUGUUGACACGUUUUAUUCAAAGGUACUACACAAAGAUCCGAGUCUCUAUCAGCUGAUUGUGUAUUUAAAGCCGUGAUUAUAGCUCAAGCUCUUAGGUGUGAUGAGGUUUAUUAAAUGUGAGAUUUAGAUAUAAACAGAGAUUUAUUAUUUCUAUAUUUCUAUUCUUUCUAUGUAGAAUUAUAGACUUUUACUAUAGUAUCUGGUGUUGAUUCAAAGUUUAGAUAAAAGGGGAGAGAGGGCUCACUCUGUCGACAUUAGAAGGACAGAACUACAUACUCUUCAGAGACAGACUGAGGACUAACUGGGCUUAAACAUCUUCUCAUAUUUUAAUGAUUUAUUCUGCAUUUCCUCGCAUUUCCACUUUUAAUGUUUUUGCAUGUUUUAGCUCAUAAAACAAGAUUAAUUUCCUGCUGUUCAUUUUACAAACCAUCCAUCAGUUUUUUAUUCUUCAUCUUCCUUCCAAGCAUCAUGUUCUAUAAAAAUCGGCUCUUUUUUGUUUUAAAAUAUCACACUGGUGGAUGCUUUGAAAGGAUGCUUUGACGUGUGAAGCUCAUUAACCAAAAACCUUUUUUAGCUGAGCUGCAGUUCAGAUCAGAGACACGUCUGUCUGUUCUUCAUGUCUGUAGGAUGUAUGAAUGAAUUCCUUCUGUACAGGGAUCAGCUUUAAAUCACAAUAAAACACAUCAGAUCACG